CAAAGAGGUGAUCCAGGUUGUGCCAAUUGGCUAUGCAUAAUUCUGUUUACAUAUUUGAUGAUCAUUCUGACGAUGAAAUCCCCACCCAGCAAGCUAUUCAGGAAAGCUUACAAGAUAUUCAUAAAAUGGAAAGAAGUGCCAAUGCAAUAGAGGAUGAAAGUUUCCUGUGCGUUGCAAGCAAAGAACGUGAAGAGAUAAUUGCUGCAAUCCGGACAGGCCAAGAAGAGGCCUUGAAGAAGUUGGUGAGGCACAGUUCUGCUUUUGAGGAAGCAGAUCAGCAAGGCUGGCUUCCUAUGCAUGAGGCUGCAGCUCAGCUAAAUAAGAACAUCCUUGAAAUAACUUUAAAAGCCUCCCGUUCCGUUACAUGGGAACAGACCACACUAAGAGGGGAAACACCUCUCAUGGUGGCAGUCAGAAACUGCUUUUUGGAAAACGUCCACUUUCUACUGCUCAAUGGUUGCAAUCCCAAUAUUAAGAAUGAAGAUGGAGAUUCUCCUUUAGUUGUAGCAAUUAAGCACAAUUCAUAUGAGGUUGCCUCCUUGUUGAUAAAUUUUGGAGCAAAGGUGAAUUUGCCGUGUAUCCACAAGAGGACUGCUUUACACGAGGCUGCCAGGCUUGGCAGAAAGGAUCUGGUGAUGCUUCUGCUUCGUUCUGGGGCAGAUCCUGACCCUCGCAGUGGAUAUGGGCUCACACCUCUAGCGCUGGCUGCACAAGCUGGACAUACAGAAAUUAUGGAGCUCUUAUUGCAAAAAGGUGCUGAUGUUCUUUCACAGGCAAUGGAUUAUUCUUCUGUAUUAUUUGAAGCAGCAGGAGGAGGAAAUCCAGACUCUCUGAAUCUUUUGCUGGAAUAUGGGGCUGAUGCUAAUGUGCCAAAGCACUCGGGUCAUUUGCCAAUCCACAGAGCUGCGUAUAGAGGACACUUUCUUGCCUUAAAGAAUUUAGUUCCAGUUACUAAUUUUGAUGCCAUUAAAGAAAGUGGAAUAAGUCCAAUUCACUCAGCAGCAGCGGGAGCACAUCCUCAGUGCCUCGAGUUUCUCCUCAAGUCUGGGUUUGAUGCCAAUUUUAUGCUGGAUCAAAGAAUUCGCAAAGGCUACGACGACCGCCGGAAAUCAGCCCUGUACUUUGCUGUUUCCAAUGGGGAUAUCAGUUCAGCACAGCUGCUGUUGAAUGCUGGAGCCCUGCCAAACCAGGAUCCCAUCAACUGCCUCCAAAUAGCCUUGAGAAUGGGCAACUAUGAGUUAAUGAAUUUACUGCUCCGGCACGGGGCCAAUGUUAACUACUUCUGCAGAGUGAACACAACGCAUUUCCCAUCGGCUCUGCAGUAUGCUCUGAAAGAUGAAGUCAUGUUAAGAAUGCUGAUGAACUAUGGCUAUGAUGUGCACCGCUGCUUCGAUUGCCCUCGGGGAGAUGUGUCCCAUUCCCAGUACAUGACUGAUGGAUGGACUUCUACUGUUAUCAAAGAUACAAAGUUCUGUGAAGUGAUAACCUUGUCAUGGCUGAAGCAUCUUUGUGGGAAAGUAGUGCGAGUAAUGUUAGAUUACGUUGAUCAUGUUAACAUCUGCUGGAAGCUGGAAGCAGCUCUCAAAGAACAGGAGCUCUGGCCAGACAUCAAUUCAAUUUUAACAAAUCCUCGCUCCCUGAAGCAUCUUUGUCGCCUGAAGAUACGGGAAUGCAUGGGCCGGCUGCGUCUGCGUUGUCCUGUCUUCAUGACCUUCCUCCCACUGCCAAAUUGCUUGAAGGACUACAUUCUGUACAAGGAAUAUGACCUCUACGGACCGGAAAGUUUCUUGGGAACCUCCAGUGUCAACUGCACAUAAUUAUUCUGUAUUUUGAAGGGAACGUCGAGCCUUAGAUGUGCACGUUCCAUGAGACACUAUGAAGGCAACAUCUGGCCGCGUGCUGAUGCCACAAGGUCUGACUGGAUAACAGCCAAAGCAGGUACUUCUGCGAGCUACUCUGGCUACUCUGAGGAUGAACAGAAGGAAGAGACCCUGCAGCCUCUCUCUUGCUCAGUCUCCCACUCCACCUCCUCUUUAAAAUACUGUGAGCGCUUCCACAGCUGCUCAGUCCCUGCUGUACGCUGUGGUGCCAGUGGCACCAUGAGAGCAAUGCUCCCUUCUCUUUGCUGUGACAGGAGGCAGAUGCAGUUGGUUGCUGCAUAGAAAUGCCUGUCCAUCUCCAGCGUAAAAAGCAAGAGAUUGCCUUUGUCAGCCUAUGCAAAACAACUUCUGAGCAAUUAAGGACAGUGUUCCUUUUUUGCACAGCCAUCUAGCACAGAGGUCCUGAAAUUCCUCACUUACUCAGCACCAUGCAAUUCUAGCUAUGAAGGGCUGGGCUGAAAGCCAAAGACUAAAAAUGCUCUGCAAUGAACUGUAAAACACUCUUAACCAUUAUAAAACAUCUUAGAAUAUAUUCUUCUCUUUCUACAUUUUCUGUUAUGCUCAGGCCACUAUUAGAGAGACAUCUGUUCCAUUGGAGUUUAGUAUUUAUAGUAAUUAGUGCAAAAAUAAAUAUUUCUUCUUA